CAGCAGCACUGGGUUAAAUGAACAGGGUUGGGAAACCAAUAGGAAGGCAACACAGUGGUUUGAGAUAAGAUAUCUCCUGGCAAACACUUCCGAGGGGUUAGGAGACCGUGCCUGAGCUACUAACUGUGAAGAUCAUACCUUCUGGGCUCCAGCCAGGUUACAAAGCUUGUUUUGCCAGUGCUGGGAACCAACAGAUUAAAAAGACUAUAAACAGUUAAAAGGACUCUGGCCAGCAGUCAGUCAGUUGUUUGAGGGCUCUUUGGGGGACAGACUGAUACACUGCGGGGGCUGUCUGAGGAAGUUAGGCCAUUUAGGUUCUCUUCGGGGGGAUGGUAAUCCUAUGGAUGAGAUAGAUGCGUAUAGACCAUUUAUUGUUUUAAAAAACUAUUCUUUUCUUGUGUUAUGCUUUGUUCGUAUAAUUAAGAUUAAACAAUACGUUGGUUAAAGGGCUCACUGACUACUAUUUAUCACUGGUCACAGACUCCCAAAGGGAAGAACUUCAGGUAUCAAACCCAGUUGGACCUGCUGGCUUAGCAUGGUUGAUAGCCUGGGCCACAGUACCCUGUGUAAGAGUGGGAGAAUUGCAUGACUCCAUCCCAGGAGAGGAAUGGCACGAGGCUGGUACCCGACGGGUGCACUCAGAGACCAGAGAGAGCACCGAGACACACCUAGCCCUGUGACCAUGAGGCAGGGGUUUAGUAGGAAGGAUGGAGAGGAAAGGCUGCAUUAUUAAAAUGUUUUAGAUGAAGAAGCGACAGGUUUAGGUAUUGCAUAUGAGGGUUGGAAGACCUCAUGUGCAAGAAGGUACCAGGGGAAAACAGGGAUAAGAUGGCGCUACACAAAUAUUGAAAGGAAAUUGUGUGAAGGGGGGGGAGAGAGACCCUAUUCAACACUGAACAAAAAUGUAAUGGCACUAAGUCUUCAGAGAGUAGCUACUGAAGGAACCUCUAGGGGACACUGUGCUCAGAGGAGGGAGGGUUUGUGGCUGCUAGGACGGAGGGUUUGUUUGAGACUUGCCAUCAGUGAAUCCCCAAUGGUCCUCCCUUUUCUCUCCUUGGAACCCCAUUGUUGUCCCUGGCAGCUGCGGUCAGGUGCGCAGGAAGCUCUCUACCUUCUGGUGCUUGGCAGGGAUGGGAUACGAAAGGACUGCGGAGAUACGGAAUUCAGAUACACUUCUCGCCCAGCAACUCCCCAAUUCAGUAACAUGCUACCCACCCCUGAAGAUACAACUGGCACUAAUCCCAGAGCUGGGAGUAAAAGACAUCUAGACCAUUUUAUUGCUCAAGAACGAAAUGGAAGCAGCGCUAUGGGCUCCACCAGUAGUUCACAAUCCUCCCAGGCCCCAGAGAAAGUGACUCUUGUUGUAGAUGGCACUCGAUUUGUGGUGAAUCCGCAGAUUUUCACCGCUCAUCCUGACACCAUGCUGGGAAGAAUGUUUGGAGCAGGUAGAGAAUAUAAUUUCACUCGGCCAAAUGAAAAGGGAGAAUAUGAAAUUGCAGAAGGAAUUAGCUCCACUGUAUUUCACACAGUGCUGGAUUAUUACAAAACUGGAAUCAUUAACUGCCCCGAUGGAAUUUCUAUCCCUGAUCUCAGAGAUACGUGCGAUUACCUCUGUAUCAACUUUGAUUUCAACACAAUCAAAUGUCAAGACCUAAGUGCUUUGUUGCAUGAACUCUCUAAUGAUGGAGCUCACAAGCAGUUUGAUACCUACCUGGAAGAGCUUAUUCUGCCCAUAAUGGUGGGCAGUGCCAGGAAAGGAGAACGUGAAUGCCACAUUGUAGUAUUAACAGAUGAAGACACAGUGGACUGGGACGAAGACCAUCCACCUCCAAUGGGAGAGGAAUACUCACAAAUUCUUUACAGUUCCAAGCUGUACAGAUUCUUCAAGUACAUCGAGAACCGUGAUGUUGCAAAAACUGUCUUAAAGGAGCGUGGGCUGAAAAAUAUUCGAAUUGGCAUUGAAGGUUAUCCCACAUGUAAAGAGAAGGUCAAGAGGAGACCCGGAGGCCGGUCAGAAGUUAUAUACAACUAUGUGCAACGGCCGUUCAUCCAGAUGUCUUGGGAAAAGGAAGAAGGAAAGAGCCGUCACGUCGACUUCCAGUGCGUUAGAAGCAAAUCUCUAACAAACCUGGUGGCAGUAGGCGAGGAUGUUUCAGAAGACCAGGAACUUCUGAUGCAUCAUCCACCCCAGGUAGACGAACUCGAUAGAUUAAAUGCACCAUUCUCACAAAUGGCUCCUAACAAUCUUCCGGAUUAGUACAGACUAAGGGGUCUGCGGUUUUCCUGUGUUGGGAAAUUUCUCAGCAUCGUUUCAUCCCAGGACAUGGGACACGCUCUCUUGCAAGGUGUUUUAUCCUUGUAGUCGCUCUUAUUAUAGUGGAAUAUUUCAAGCAUGUUAAUAAUGAGCUCUGGUCCCUAAAUCUAACGGUGCAAUUGCAAGCACAGUCUCCUUGAGAAGGAAGGGAUGGAAGCUCUUCGCAGCCGGAGGCUUUGAGAUUUCCCCAGGUGCCUGUGCCCACGUGGAUUGGUGGUGGUUGAGCUUUACCUGAACCUGUGAAAGAACAGAAGUGUUUUAAAAAAAAUUAUUGUUCAGCGUGAGAAGGGGAAUUCCAUGAAUAUUAGCAUCAAGAGAGAAUUGUAUUGUAGGCAUUUGCCUUUGAUUUAACGAUUCGUUACAAAGGGACCAACCAGCACCGCGAGACAGAUUCCACUUUUCCCUCCAAGCACAGAUGUGACACCGUUGUGACAGUAAAAUCCCAGGGGUGAAGGAAUCUGUCUGCACCACCAGUAGGCUUUGCAUCCAGCAUGUAUACUGCUGUACUCUAGAAAGGUGGAGCUGGUUUAACAAGGAGCAUUCGGCUAGUCACAGGCCCGUGCUCCUUUACAGUUCUGUGCACGUCAGAAUCACUUCUUUUUAUUAAGGACAAGGUUGUGCUGUUGAGCUUAACCAGAGUAGAAAGUGGUGUGGAAUGAAAACAAAUCUAGAUAAUAUUUUACCAAAUAAAGCGGUCUGACUUAGCCUGUUAAAUGUGUGAAGCUCCUUUAGUGAUGGCUCCGUAGCCGAAGAAUCACUGUUUCUUGCUGCACAUGCAUGCUAAGCUAGAGUCUCUCAGCACAGCCAUGCAAACUGAAUUUACCUUGGCAGAACCUGGAGGUAGUUUUGUCUUCCUCUUUUAUAAUUGCUGCAGCUAUUGGUUCAAAAUUCCCAUUGGCUUCAAUAGGGGCACCCCACACACAUCCGCUUGCAGAAUUUGGGCUGCUGGGCAGAUUUCAAGGCAAACUCCUUCCUUCCAGUUUGCAACUGAUUUGGAUAAUUUUAUUCUGUCAAACAGGCAAAAGAUAGAGGGGGGCGAAUUUUAGCAGCAUUUUAUAUAUACACAGUAAGCACAGCUUUGUAAGGAAGUAAAUCUACAGCUGAGAGAAAAUAUUUCCUGCUUCUCUUGACUUGGCGUGUGCGCUAAAGGCCCAGUUCAGACUGGAUACAGGAACAUACUAGCCAUGACCGUGUUCAAACAUGGUUGCAGCCAGUCCAGUCUGAAGUCCUAAUUUUUUUUUUAAAAAGGGUGCAAAUGUUCAGUUCUCCCCCUCCAAAUAACUACACCUGCAGUUAAUUGUGGUCGAAACUCAUACCACUUACACAUCUGCCUGCCUACAAAAACAGAGCCCAGUUCCUUAAAAUCAGCCCCUAAAAUACAUAUCCACUUUUAGCAUUGCUUCUUCUCUUCUCCCCCAAAAGCAAAGCAUUUUUCCAAGCAUAUUUUCCCUCUGUUUGCAGAUUGUAAACUAGACUCUCUUGCUGCUAAAGGUAUAUUUGUGUAUUUUUUUCUCGCCAUAUUUAUCUUGAUAAUAUUAAGCAUAAAUUGUCUUAUGAAUUUACAAACGCUGCUUUAAUUUAAAAAGGGACAAAUACUUGCUGAUGUGUAUCUAGCUCCUAUUUGUAUCUGUGAGCCCAGGUUCCCAUAUUUGCAGUGGCGCUUUCUUGGCCUCAAAAGAACAGCAAACAGAUUUCCUCUCCUUACAAGUGCCGAAGGGAAGGAGAUUUUCAAAACUGCCUACUGAAAGUCACUAGGCUGUGUGCUCCUAAAUCCCUUUAGGUGCUUUUGAAAAGCUCCUCCUAACUCUUUAGGGCAGGACAGAAAAGUGUCCUUAACCAUUUGCUGGCAGGUCAAUAGACAUUUUAUGCAAUCACUUUCUACUGUUGUUAGUUUUAAUUUCUGUUAAAUACUGGAAGACUUUACAUGGCAUGUGAAAAAAAAUCUGCUUCCUGGAAGGCCCGAUAGAGCCCUUUCCUCAGGUUGGAGGGAGGUGCUCACAUGACUUCAUUGGGAGUACUCACCAGUGAGAUUCCAGGGCUUGCAGUUUGGCCUUAUGGGUUGUAUGUUGUCUGUCUAUUUCUGCACCACCUUCAGUUUUAAGUAAACUAGAUAUAGUGAAUAGCUGGUCUGGAAUUUGAGUUUACAUAUUUCUGUACACACACACAGUGCCCUCAAAUCCCCUUGUCUGCAUUGGAGUAUCGGGGCUGAGCCCUGGGCACCUGAACACCUUUCAUAAGGUCAGACCCUUUUAGAUUCAGUGGGUGUUGAGGGCCCUCAGCACUUCAUACAAUCCGGUCCUAGUGUGUUAGGAGUAUGGAAUACAGCUAAUUAAAGGGUUUACAUAAAACCAUUCUGUUCACCCAUAAUUGUGUCGUUUACCAGAUCCGGUUUUGGAGCUAAUUAAAUAUUUAGAAUGUUCUAAAGCGAAUUCCACUGGAACAGUUUUAAACUAAGUAAAUGGUGACAUUGACUGUCACCGAGCGUUCAGGUACAAGAGCAACUCGUUUCUUAUGUUUUAUAUUUGUUUCAGUGUUACUCAUGGUGUUUACAGGAUCCUGCAGUUGUAAGGUUUCUUUUCUGUAAUAAAGUGUUAUAAUUUA